UCAGAUUAAUUAGAUGUAUGUGCAACAAUUCUUUUGUAUAAAUAAAGGCAAAUGUCAAGCUAAAGAUUUCAUUAGUCCAUUUACAAGAAAAUAAAAUGGAGGAUAUGAAACUAGUUGAAAAAGUUGUGAUUAAACCAAAUAUUUUAACAAAUAACAAACGCAUUUUUCUAUCAAACAUAGAUUUGUCUCUUGUUGUAUACCAAGAAUCUGUAUCAUUUUUUGAUCCUCCAUUCACUAAAAUGACCUUAUCGGAAUCUUCCAAUAGUCUUUACACUGCAUUAAGUCUUUUGUUAGUGCAUUAUGAUUUUUUUGCAGGGAGGCUUGUGCCGGCUUUAGAAGAUAAUGACCGGUUCGAGAUUGAUUGCAACGGUGCUGGUGUCGUUGUUGCUGUCGCGAAAACGAGCUCUGCUUUGAAUCAACUCGGCGGGCUUUUAGCUCCCAAACCGGAGUUUAUGCAGUUGGUUGGUUUCUUGCAUGAUGAAGGUGAACAAGAGGUGAAGUUGGAAAACAAGCCUCUUCUGCACUUGCAGUUAACACAGUUUGGAUGCGGAAGUUUAGCACUAGCCUCCCGAUACAACCAUUGUGUUCUUGACGGGAUUGCAGUUCGCGAUUUCGAGAAAAAUUUAGCUGCCUUAACUCGUGGAGAUGACAUUGUAACUCUACCAAAUCCUGACAGAACAAUCUUCAAAGCCAGGAAUCCACCGAGAAUCAAUCACCCGCACUUUGAAUAUUCAACAAGUUGCGAGACAGACGACUUAUUCACGCCUUGCGGCAAAAGCAAAAUCAAUAUCGAGCAUUGCUUAGCACAAAACAAGAACCGUUCCAUCUAUCUUUCCCCGGAAAGAAUUUCGAGCUUAAAGAAGAAAGCUCUCGAGGAUGGAAAACUGAAAAAAUGCACGAGUUUUCAAGUUGUUGCCGCGAAGAUAUGGAAAGCAAGGAGUAUCGCAAUGAAAAUGAAGGACGAAACAAACAACACGAUGCUAUUUCCCGUUGAUGCUAGAAGAAUUAUAACACCUCAAGCCCCAAAUGGAUUUGCAGGAAAUGCAUUAGUCCCUGGUUUCGCCCGAGCAAGCGUGAAGGAGCUCAAGGAUCGAGAGGACUCGUACUUAGUAAAGAUAGUGCAAGAAGGGAUUGAAAGACUAGACGACGAGUAUGUAAGAUCCGGGAUAGAUUGGCUAGAGGUUCAUAGAGGAGUUCCUUGCAAGGAAAACAGUUUCUCAUUGGUGGCAUGGUUUAGACUAGGGUUAGAGGAAGAUGUGUUUUCUUGGGGGAAAAUUAAAUGUGCUACACCAAUUCUGAUAAAACCUGGUUUGGUCAUUCUUUUACCAGGCUCUGAGAGCAAAGGAGGGCUUAAUGUUUGCCUAGAAUUGCCUGAUCAUCAAAUGGAAGAAUUUUGCAAGUUAUUGAUGGAAUGCUAAAAUAUGCACAAAUGUGGGGAGAAAAAUGGAAAAGUUAUUCAAUUAUCAGUUAAUAUAUGUAUUUCUUUAUAGUUUGCUUUUAAAUGAUGAUUAUCAGAAAGAAGAGGACUAUAUUAAAAAAUA